AACAGCCUCACUGCGGGAAACUGUACCUCCAAAACCUAUUUAACAGGUCACAAGCCAUGUAUGUAUUUACAUGCAAAAUGAGUGAGUAGGUGAUGAUGGGGGAGGGGUUUCCUGGUGCAGCUUUAGAGAUAGCAGCAGGUUGAGCGCAGAUGCUGAGGGAAAGACAAAGAGGCAGAUGGAGAAAAAACAGCUAGUGACUGGAAAAAAAGAGCAAGGAGGGUGAGUGAGGAGGGUGGUAGAGAGCAAAUAAAAGAGAGCGAGAGAGCGAGGGAGAGUGAGCGAUAGAGAGAGAGAGAGAGAGAGAGAGAGAGAGUGUAAGGGAGGGAGGGGUGUGCUGGUGAGACCGAAGUUUCAGCUUUAUGCUUCACACACACAGAUAUAACAGAAGAUAACACACAGAGAGACGAACAUUCAGGUGAGACAACUCCUCUUCACUACUGCAAGGUGGUUUUCAUUCAGGGACGAGUGACAGGCUGACAUUCUUGGAGAUACGAUGGUGCUCCCUGCAAGUGUGCUGUUUGGCUUUCUGUGCCUGAGCAAUGUGGCCAGUGUGUGGGGUUUUGCUCGUCUCCAGGACAAUGUGGAGCUACGCUCCGCUUUCUCAGUUGCACGCGCCAGCAGCAUGGAAGGUGGACCCAAGAUGACUGUGACCUUUGACACCAUUUAUGUAAACAUCGGCGGGGAUUUUGACCCAAAAGCUGGUGUGUUUCACUGUCGGAUCCCUGGGGCUUACUACUUCUCCUUCACAGUGGGGAAGUUUCCUCACAAAGACCUGUCUGUGAUGCUGAUGAAGAACAGAAACGAAGUGCAGGCCAUUGUCUAUGAGGAAAAUGCUGGCGAAGAGAGAAAGGUGCAGAGCCAGAGUGUUAUGCUGCAGUUGGAGUUUGGAGACACUGUCUGGCUCCGUCUCCACGGUGACCCCCGCUAUGCAAUCUACAGCAACACAGGGCACUACACCACCUUCAAUGGUUACCUCAUCUACCCGGACACCUACGACUACCAGACACACCGUCAACAACAACAUCAGCAGCCCCAGAAAGACAAGGUCCCUUUGUUGAACAGAAACCAGGCCACAAAUGAUGCUGGAUCAAGAGGUCCGGUGGAGAACCCAGAGCAGCAACAUGCAGAGGAAGAGGAAGUGGAGGAAGAGGAGGAGGAUGAUGAUGAUGAGGAUGACCAGAGAUCUGCCUUCUCGGUGGGGCGCACUCAGAGCAUCUUGGGAGUUAACGAGGAGGGUAUGCCUCAGCACCAGCCCAUCAGCUUUGAUACAGCAUUUGUCACCAUUGGAGAAGACUUCAACUUGACAGAGGGGGUGUUCACUUGCCGCGUUCCCGGCGCAUACUACUUCUCCUUCAACGUGGGCAAGCUGCCGCAAAAGACGCUGUCUGUCAAGCUGAUGAAGAACCAUCUGGAGGUGCAGGCGAUGAUCUAUGAUGACAGCCAAGGAGAGAAAGCUCUGCAGAGUCAGAGCUUGAUGUUGUCACUGAAACCCGGAGACACGAUCUGGCUUUACUCGCACCAGAGAGAUGGAUUCGGGGCCUACAGCAACCACGCCAAGUAUAUCACCUUCACUGGCUUCCUGGUUUACCCGGACUUCCAUACUACCACCACCACCACCACCAGCAGCCAAAAUUAUGCCCACAAGAAACCCUAGCUGAAAAGCAUGGGUUAGGGACUGAACACUGUGGGAGGAAUUCAUGAAAGAUGGAAAAGUCUCUGAGUCCAGACCCAGAAAGUGUUGUGCAGUUUCUGUGAAGAGUGGAGAGGACAGUUGGCUGCUGCUUUGUGAUCGCCUGUGACAAUUCUUAUUCAAAUGAAUUCCCUCACAAAGUCACAGGAACACUGAACUGGGCUCAGAGCUUCAAGUUCCACUCAAUGAUUUUCCAGGAUACGACUUCAUAUCACCUAAAUGUGAAACCUUGAAUGACAGUAAUGUGAAGUGUAAUUGAAUAUUUCACUGUGCAAUUAAACCUCAGUCACUACCUGCUCAUCUCUGUGUACACACCAGGAUCAAAGUGUCAUUAAAUGAAUGGAAAUCAAAGUAUUUAAGGACACAUUUGAGUUACUAGAAGUUUAUGUCAUGUGAAUAUUAAACUCUCUAACAAUUCGCUUAGUAACUUCACACAUUAAGAUUAUGUGCACAACAUGGAUGAUGUUACAGAUGAAACAAUAAAUACCCAUAAUAUAAACAUUCAAUCACAAUAUAGGAUAUAAUGUGAUUAAGUGACACAGAGAUUAGGAGAUGGCGACAAAAGUUUUCCUUCUUUUAACUGAAAUAUUCCGUUGAGUGCAGUUGUUCUCGUUCAAGAGUUGGUGUUUUCUGCUUGUAUGUGUGAAAAGUCACUUUACUUUGUUUAUGUCUUCAGAGGCAUGAGAAAACAUUAACGACAGUGUGUUUUGUGUCUACAUGUAUCUUUUCUUCAGUUUGGAGUGUUACCUGCCACAGCAGGAGCAGAGGACGAUGGCACCAAACUGAGUUUUGGAAAGAGUUUUUGACCACAUGCCUCCUCUAAGCCUGCAGGGAUCUGAACCAUAAUUUGCUUUCUAAUUCUAGCAGCGUUUAAUUCAUUUCUUCAGAUGGGGAGCACUGCGGGGAAAAUUGAAUUGCCUCUCCCAGGCCACUGUAACAUGCAUGUCUGUUUAAUUUCACACUGCUGGGAGAAAGAUGAUGUGGUUCAAAAUGUGAUGAACCCUGACUUUAUAAAAUCACCUUCUAUGUUGAAGAGGCACCAAGUGAUAUUUUGAUUGGACACACAUUUUUAUUAGAUUUGACUGGAUGUGCAUUCAUGAGCAGUUCUUCACUUCUCCCUGCUAUACACUAUGGUCUAAAAGGCCAGUUGCCUGCAUGUAGGUCACUUCAGACCAGAAAUUGACUGACAAAAAAAUAAAUAAAGGAAUCUUGGUUUCCAU